AUGAGUAUAGAAGACGAGAAAGAUGCAGGCAAUCAAGAAGCUGGUGAGAAGCGUCCCAGUAGAGAAAGUAAAUCUUCAAAAGACAACGGAGAGCGAAAGAGCCGAUCAAACAGACACCGGUCAUCCUCUCGAGACUCGCAGGAUGAUAUCCUGGGCGGCUCGGAACGUAAAUCUUCAGGAGCAAAACCGGAACGAAGAAAGUCCAAAGACUUUGAUGCGCUUGGUGGAUCAGACCGAAGAUCUUCUCACCGCCCUUCGCGAAGACAGUCCAGAGACUCGCACGAUGGCAACCUUGACACUUCAAAACGGUCCUCUGGGCACAGAUCAAGAUCUCGGGACACAAACGACGCUUUGGUGAAUGAUAAUGAGUUAGGCGGAUCUUCAGGAGCCAAACCGGAACGAAGAAAGUCCAAAGACUCUGAUGCGCUUGGUGGAUCAGACCGAAGAUCCUCUCACCGCCCUUCUCGACGCAAGUCCAAAGACUCUGAUGCGCUCGACACUUCAAAACGAUCCUCUACGCAUAGGUCAAGAUCUCGAGACUCGAACGAUUCUUUGGCGAACAACAAUGAGUCUUCUGUCACAAGGGACGAAAAAGCCAAGGCAAGAUCUCGAAGAAAGUCCUCUGCCCCUGCAAUGCCAGGUGCUUUUGUUGAGGCUGCAGGAGAAGACCGAGCUGUUCGACGAAAGAGAGAUUCGGCUGACAAAGGCAAAGAAUCUCUCGGGACAAAAGACAGAGACACCACAGACAGAGAAGCGAAGAACCGAGCUCGACGACAACCUGGAGAAACGAUGCUAGGUACUUCUCAAGAAAGCAAGGACCGAAGAGCCAAGGAUCAAGCCAGGCGAUCUGUUGGAGGUGCUGUAAGACCUGGAGCUUCCAGUGAAACUCGGGGAAGUCGCCAAGCAAAAACAAAAAGAGAUAUAUCCAGGAGGUCAACUGGGGCGUCCGAGAACGAGAUCGGUGUUCCAGCAGCAAACAGCGUAGGAUGGACAGGAGAUGUUGAGGCAGUCGAGGCUAUGGCUGUUGACGAAAUGGCAUCGACUCCUCCGUCUGCUCCUCAGGAAGUAAGAGAACAAACACUGAAUCAGUCGACCGAGGAAGAUGGCAAUAAGGCUAUCGUCGCGACCGCGAGGCCAGACAACAAAGGUCGAAAGUACAAAUAUAUGCUUGCCGCCUUUGUUGUGUUCGCGAUUAUAGCAGGAGUAUUGGUAUGGCUAUUAGUGCUACGUGAGUCGAGCGAACCUGAUGAUGUCUCUGCAACUUCGAUCUUUUCUCCACCUACAACUGAAGAUUGCCAAACGAUCUCGGAGGGGAUGGAAACGGCAGGACAAAUGGGAACGACAGUGAAAUAUUUUGGGGUAGAAAUGGAUUUUGAAGUUGCCCCUGACGUCGACCUUGAAUUUCUUCAAUCCGAGCUUCAAAUGAGAAUCCAGAGAGACGUCCUACCACUUGUUGCAGGGUGCGACAAAGAAAGUUCCACUUCGACUGGAAGCGAUACUUUCAUCGUUGAGAACGGUGUGCUCAAAACGAUCUCCAUUGGCGACCUUGUACCCUGCAGCUCAAAUCCACAGGGGCUCUGUUCGUUUGUCUAUUUGCAGCUUGAUGUAUUUUCCAAAGAUGCUGAUGUGCAGGGUGCAGUACUUUUGGGCCUAAUCUUUGAUGUAUUUCAAGAGGACGGACUAUUGCAAGACCCGAAAUUGCUAUCGCCUGUGGAAGAUAUUGACUUUAUCACGGCCUAUGAAAUUCUCCCAUCUUCGAAUCCGAGUUCAAGCCCAACGAUCCAAGACGACGGCGGUGUUCCAGUUGACAACGGUUCACCAUCUCAAGAGACCUGCGAUGCAAUAGCCAACGGUACCCCUGUCUUGGGACAAGACGAUCUGGUGGCCCAGGAGUACGACAUCUUGAUGGAUGUCACUUUGGAUUCCGAGACUGAAGAACUAUCACCGCUGACCAUGGAACUGGAUGAAAAGAUCCAGCGCUUCCUUCUGCCUUCUCUAGCUGGCUGCACAAUUGACCGACGUCGACGCCUGCAGAUUGAAAGCUUUGUUGUCAACGCUUUUGUAGAUUCUGAAGUUAGCAUCGGUGGUGCUUGUUUGCCUGAUUCGGAGACUGCUUGCUAUCGCUAUGUCAUCCACCUUGAUAUUUACGUCCAGCGCACUGUUGCCUCUGCUGAUUUUUCUAGCGACAUUGUGGGAAAGUUCCGUGAAGCACCGCUGGUAGAGAGAUUGGGGAUGCUGGCACCCUUCAAGAACAUUGUGAUUGUGGAAAUCUAUUCUGACGCUGUUUUUUCGGAAAGUCCAUCUGCGGAACCAUCGAACAACCCAACUGAUUCGCCAUCUGUGAAUCCAACGACAGCGCCAGUGACAUAUCCGACUACCGAAGAGCCCACAAGGUCGCCGACAAUAGCGCCAUCAUUCGCACCAUCAUUAUCACCGUCAUCGAAUCCAACGCUAGGUGUUACCAGUGCACCGACUCUUAUUCCAACGCUACAACCUGUUGUUGGUCCAACAUUGGAGCCGACGCCAUUGCCAACGCCAUUACCGACUCCAGCCCCAACGAUUGCAGACAGUGCAUCACCAACGGCUGAUCCAACAACAGCAUCCUCGUUGACACCAACUGCCGAGCCAUCUGUGUUGGAUUCGGCUCAACCUUCUGGUCAGCCUUCUGGCCAACCUUCCUUGUUACCGUCGGUUCAACCUUCCUCCCGACCUUCCAAGUCACCUUCGGCUCAACCUUCGGCGUUAGCAACAACUCAAUGUUUUGAGAGCAACACUGAGCUCUCGGGUGCACUUGGCAAUUGGUUUGAUUCUCCUUUUGGAAGGCAAAUUACUGAGACCCAAUAUGGCUUGAUAGGGGAUUGGUGCUUUGGUGCCGGUGUGACCAGUAUGAAGGACCUCUUCAAGAAUCGUGCUACGUUCAAUUCAGACAUUUCAAAUUGGGAUGUCUCUUCUGUGGUCAACAUGCAAAGCAUGUUUCAGGGUGCCUCAUCCUUCAACCAGAACCUGUCACUGUGGGACGUUUCGUCUGUCACCAAUAUGAGAUUGAUGUUCGAAAUGGCAACAUCGUUCAAUGGAGACAUAUCAACAUGGGAUGUUAGUUCUGUCACCCAAAUGAACAACAUGUUCCAAGUUACGUUCAAAAAUCCAUCUGCCUUCAAUCAAGACUUGUCACAAUGGGACGUCUCUUCUGUCACAAAUAUGCAUUCCAUGUUCUACGGCGCACGAUCUUUCAAUCAAGACUUGUCAGGAUGGGAUGUUUCUUCGGUGACCAAUAUGGCGUUCAUGUUCUAUGAAACGCCUUUCAAUCAAGACUUGCCAUUGUGGAACGUGGCUUCGGUCACAAAGAUGAACAACAUGUUUCAGUGGGCAGGAUCUUUUAACGGCGACAUUUCAACAUGGGAUGUUGGUUCGGUCACUUCCAUGAUCCAAAUGUUUGACGAAGCCAGAGCUUUCAAUGGAGACAUUGCAUCCUGGGAUGUUUCUUCUGUAACAUCCACGGAUCGAAUGUUUUCGAAUGCAGCGGCGUUCAACCAAGAUAUAUCCAUGUGGAAUUUUGCAUCCUGUACCAACAUGAUUUUGAUGUUCAACCAAGCAGAAUCCUUCAACCAAGACAUCUCAUCAUGGGAUGUAUCUUCGGUCACAAACAUGAGAGACAUGUUCCAAUACGCAUCAGCUUUCAAUCAAGACUUGUCAUCCUGGGAUAUUUCUUCUGUGAGUGACAUGCGACGGAUGUUCCAGUUUGCAACAUCCUUCAAUCAAGAUCUUUGUCCGUGGGGCCCGAUCCUGCAGGGAAAUGUCCAAUUUGAGGGACUAUUUGCCAGCACCAACUGUCCAUUAGAAGCUGAUCCAGACCUGACUGCGACUCCGCGAGGUCCAUUCUGCAACCUUUGUGUUCCAGGGAAUUAA